GGACGUGGAAAGGUCGCCCGAGAGGGAGAGAGGGGGGGGGGGGCGAGAAGAGAGAGAAACGGAGGAGCAUUCAUCGUUUCUCUGGGUGGGGAACAAGCGAGCGAGGCGACAGCGGAGCAGGUCCGGGCGUUUGCUACAGAGCCAGCGAUACACAGCGGAGAGCAGAAGGGUUUUGUCUUCCCCCUUGUCUAUUUACAACUACAGAUCGACACCAUGCAGCAGGAGCGUGAGAGCGCGGAGUUGUGCCUGAACGGCUGCGGUUUCUUUGGCGCGCCGGGCAGCGGUGGCAUGUGCAGCGUGUGCUGGAAGAAGACCAUGUCGGACCGUCAGGCGGCGACUGCAUCCCCCCGAGCGGCUGAACAGAAGGUGAACGAAGCGGCCACGCUGGAGACGGCCACGCCUGCCGAGGCCGAAACUGCGGACAACAACAGCGCGACGCUCAAGGAGGAGACGACCGAGAAGCCGGCGGAGAAGCUAGUACAGAAGAACAAGAAGCGCUGCUGGGAGUGCAAGAAGAAGGUGGGGCUUACGGCGAUCGAGUGCCGAUGCGGCUACGUGUUCUGCAGCAGCCACCGAUUCGAGGAUCAGCACAACUGCACCUUCGACUUCAAGGCGGCAGACCGCGCCGAGCUCGCUCGCCGUAACCCUGGCGGAGGCGAGUUCAGCAAGCUGGAGAAGCUGUAAGCUGGACCGCCUGGUCUGGCUAUGAGACCACCGCGCAGACGAGCAACGGAUCGGCGACGACGGCUCGCGAUCAGUCAAGUGCUGACUUCGGGAGCUAGUACCGCACCGAGCCAGCGCGGCUGGAGAUUGAAGGACGGAGGAGAACGCGCUGGAACGGCAGCGAGCGGCAGCAGCGCGUUGGUGGAUGUAAUAUUAGGACGGAGGCCCAGUGCCAGCCAGCGAGCAGAGCGCCGUGGCCACAACAGCCUCCCAGAGAAUCGCUUAGCUUUUCGCCAUCCAUGCUUUCCAAUUCCAUUUUUUUUUUUAGGAGAACGCACUUGAUUUUCUUAUUCAAUCGGACUUUCAUUUGCAAAAGUUUCAAGUUGGUUA